AUGUGGGAGUGCAUUAAUGGACCCUUCCUGGCAGACCCCUUCCUCAGCACUCAUGCCCUUUCUGCCCAUGAUGAGGGUGGGCUGGGGAGUGGGCUUUCAGAGGCAGCUCUACCCCCUGGUCCUGAUGCAAACCCAACCAGACAGGCCCUGCCAAGAGAUCCCUUUCUAUUCCAGGAUACAAAAAUCCAUCAGAGUCCUGUGGUGGCCACCCUGGAUAUGGACAACUCUGCUCAAGACACAGAAGAAGCAAGGAGCCCACAGGAGCCUGCAGCCACCGUAGAGUCCGAGGCCCAGUCUGCAAAGGUGUUUGCCACUCCUGGAAUGCCAUGGGAAGAAACCAUUGACUGCAGCUACAGGAAGGAGCACGUUGUGAAGGACUUGGUGGGGCUGAAGUCCUACCUGGCAGCAGGAACAGUUGUUUCAGUUGUGGAGGAGAAGGUGAGUGUGUGGCAGAGCUGGAUGGAAAAAGCUGCUGGGAGACCCAGCAAUGUAUUGUGUUCCCUCUGGGAGGCAUCCUGGGAUGACAUUGAUCCUGGGCCAGGGCUCUUGGGUGUCCCAGAGCCUGCAGCACCAGCUUCUCUCUCGGGGCAGGUGGUUUCCUGGCCUGUUGAUUCUGAUCCAGAAGAAAACGAAGUCGUGAAGGAGAAACCAAAAAAGGGGCCACGGAAAGGCAGUACCAAGGGUCCUGUGGCCAAAGAGAAGGAGAAAAAACAGAAAAAGAAGAAAAACCAAAAGCCACGUGAAUUCCGCAGUGACCCUCCCAUUCAGAAGACCCUGGGCACAAUGAGGGUGCCCUUGGAGACCCUGGUGGCCACUGAGGACCUGGUGGCAACUGUGUGUGACUUUGGGGUCCUGAUCACUGAGCCGCCACCAAGUCUGGAGGAGAAGGACAAGAAAAAAGGCAAAGACAAGAGCAAAAAACCAAAAGCAGAGAGAGCAAAUCAGGCCAGCAGGAAAAGCUCGGUGUCUGCCAAAGGUGAUGGAGACUGGAACUAGCUGGGUUGAGAGCUGUGUGUGUGAGAGCAGUGUCGGGGCCGGGCCGGGAGGCAGCCGCAGGUCCCCACCGCGCUGCCAGCGCUGCCGAGCCCGGUGCUUACUCACAUCCUGAGCCCGGGGCUGUGAAUGCGGCCAUUGAGUGC